AUUAGCCUCCUGAUUUGAACAGCGUUCUGACGCUCAAGGUUGCUCACCCUGUUUGUUUAUUCCCGUGAUAACGCAGAACCAUUUUCACUGAGUAUACCAUCCCGGUGUAACGGUAUUCGAUGGCUUCAACAGACGACGUUUCCCGCAUACGAGCGAAGUUGGAACGCUGCCCUCCAGGGGAUGAUGGGCGGGAUGUCGCCCUCUACGACCUUGCGUCCGCCCAUUGGGAGAGAUACCGCAAAGAGAAGGAAAUUGACGACUUGAACGAGGCAAUCACGCUGCAGCGCGAGGUUUUGGAACUCCGACCACUCAAGAAUGACGAUCGGUCUAAACCACUCAACGGCCUUGCUUCUUAUCUUGUACAUAGAUAUGACAGUCAGGGAGCAGUCGAAGACUUAGAAGAAGCCAUCACGCUUGGACGUGAAGUGCUGGGGCUCCGUCCACUAGGGCAUCGCGUUCGAGCCGUGACUCUCUACAACCUUGCUACUCGCCUGAAGAAGAGGUCUCUGAGAGAGGCUAAGACAAGUGAUUUAGACGAAGCGAUCGAGCUGCUCCGUGAAGCUUUGGAACUAUGUCCCUCUGGGCAUCCACAUCGGUCUUCUCCGCUCUGUGAAUUCGUCCUCUGUCUCUCGAUUAGAUAUAAAAUUCAGGGGGCAGUUAAUGACUUGGAAGAAAUCGUGACACUCAGACGUGCAGAACUAGAACUCUGUCCACGAGGGCAUCCAGACCAUGCCAGAGCUCUUCACAACCUUGCUUGCGACCUCCGGAGGUUCGCGAAAAAGACCGCGAUCUGCUAUUUGGAGGAAUCGAUUGGGCUCCUCCGUCAAGCUGUGGAACUACGUCCACCUGGACGUGCUAACAGGUCCUCAUCGCUUCAUGAACUCGCCCUCUGUCUCUCGGAUAGACAUGACGAGCGGGAGAUAGUCGAUGACUUGGAAGAAGCCAUCACACUUGGACGUGAAGCACUGGCGCUUCGUCCACCAGGCCAUGCCGAUCGUGACGAAUCUCUUCACAAUCUCUCUUACAAUCUCAGGAAGAGGUUCGUGAGACAAGCUACGAUACACGACUUGGAGGAAGUGAUCGAGCUGCACCGUGCAGCUUUAGAACUUCGUCCUUCUGGGCAUCAACAUCAGCCUUCAUCACUCCGUGAACUUGCUCUCUGUCUGUCGAACAGACAUGACAAGCAGGGGGCAGUUAAUGACUUGGAAGAAGCCAUCACGCUUGGACAUGCAGCGCUAGAGCUCUGUCCACCUGAGCAUGUCGAUCGCGGCGUGUCUCUCCAUAACCUUGCUCGCGACCUCAGGAGGAGGUUCGCGAAAGAGCAUGUGAUCGAUGACUUGGAGAAGGCAAUUGAGCUGCUCCGCCCAGCUUUGGAACUACGUCCCAACGGACAUCCUGAUCGGUCCUCAUUGCUCCACGAACUUGCUCUCUGUCUGUCGAAUUGGCAUGACAAGCACGGGAUAGUUCCUGACUUGGAAGAGGCCAUCGCGCUUGGACGUGCAGCACUCGAGCUCUGUCCAGCAGGGCAUCCCGAUCGUGGUGCCGUUCUUUACAGCCUUGCGUGCAAUUUGCGUAAGAAGUUUCAGAAGCUGGCUGACAUGCCCAGGUUGCCAGGGGCAAAUUUCCUUGAUCGGGCUGCGUCGGCAGUCUGCCCAAAGGCUGAUGUCGCCUCAUCCCUUUUCGAGCUUUCACUACACCUCUGGGACCGGUUCCAGCAGCAGGCUGCCACAACUGAUCUAGACGAUGCCAUUUGUCUUGCAACGUACGCUUUGGAGCUCCGAUUGCCUCAUGAAGAUGUUUCAAUUGCAGGUGGGUUCAGAGGCUGGCCCAGGGAGCAGACUCAGAAAAACCUAUCACGUGUGGUCAAGCGGCGGAUAAUCUAUGUGUCUUUGUGAAAUACCAUAGGGCCAGAUUCCAAACUCAACAUGAAAUCGUUGAUCUAAACGAGGCCAUCACCUUAUACGGAUAUAUGCUGCAACUCUGCCUGGUUAGGCAUCCAAACCGCGUUUCGUCCUUCCAUGACCUUGCACAGUGUCUUGCAGAACGGUUUCAUCAACAGCCCACAGCGUCCGAUUUGGAUCAGGCUAUUUCACUUGAGCAAGAAGCCCUGCAGUUACUCGUGCGUGGAGAUCCGGGUUACGAUGCGUCUUGGAAAUGCUUUACGGCCUACCUCCGAAUGAAAAUCACUUCGCAGGUUGCUAUGAU